AUGUGGAUCGCCCUGCUGGGCGUUCUCUCCUCUACAGCGCUGGUGGUCCAUGGUGGAACAACCUGCGCCACCGACCCCGUCACCCUGCGCGCAGCCCGUCUGAAUGCCACCCGAGCCUACGUGAGCCGCCUCAACUUCGACCUCGCACACUACAUCACCGCGUCGGACCGCUACUACACGGAGGACACGCGCAUGGUCCUGCGCGGCAUCGGCUCGUUCGACACGCUGCAGGUGGCCAAGGAGUACGGCUACGUGCUCUUCAACGAGUCCACCUUCGCCAUCGACCUUCACGAGCUGUUCCAAGGCAAGCUCUUCCAGGUGCUCGACGAGCCCACCAUCACCUGGCCCGACGAUGACACGGUCCAGUUCUGGCAGACGGCCGACGUCAAGCUGGCGCCCAUCUUCGACCAGCCCGGCCAGUUCCGUCUGGCCAGCGGCGGAGUGCGCAACUACGAGACCCUCCACUUCGAGGCCUGCAGCGACCGCAUCAGGUCCGACAUCGUCGUGAGCGACCGCGCCAUCAUGCCCAUCUACACGGCCAACAACGAGAUCGACAUCGGCACCCUGUGCACCCGCAUCAUGGUCCGGUGCACCGGCGACCUCCAGCAGUACGACUCGGUCGCGCAUUGCAUGGCCUUCAUGCAGUCCCUGGACGCCCGCCAGACUGCCCACCCCGAGUCGGCGUGCCCCUACCGGCUUACCUCCAACUCGACCGCGUGCCGCAGCUUCCACACCACGAACGCGCUCGUGGACCCCGCCGUGCACUGCUCGCACACGGCCAUCAACAGCCCCAAGUGCGUCGACACCUGCCUGCCGCCCUGCGCCAACUGUCCGGCCCACUCGCACUGCACGGGCACCUACGCCAACGCCACCACCGAGGUGGCCGUGUACGCGUGCGCCUGCGACGACGGCUACGUAGCCGGCUCGGUCGGCCCCAACGGCGCCACGUCGUGCGUGCCCGCCACCUGCACGGCCGACUGGCAAUGCGGCGCUCCCUACGGCUUCUGCGACACCGCCACGAACCGCUGCGGCUGCCCGUACACUUUCGAGUGGGACCCGAUCAACGGCGGGUGCCACUGCCCGACCGACUACGUCCUCACCUGGGACGUGCCCGCCACCAACACCUUCGGACUGACCGGACCGGCGUGCAAGCCGCCCGGCGGGUGCCUCGCGCGCCAGCACUGCACCGACCAGUCGUGGAACCGCGUCCAGUGCGCGGCCACCCGGCCGCCCAGCACCGUGAGUGCGUGGCUGGCGUGCCAGUGCAACCCCGGCUUCGUGGGCGGGUGGACAAGCCCGUGCGAGUGCCCGCUCGGUGCGUCGCGCGUGUUCUGGUCGUCGACGGUCCAGGGCGAGGUGUGCCUCGCAGAUGGUGAGUGCACCGACGACUGGCACUGCGGGAGCGCCAGCUGCACGGUCAGCUCCAGCGCCAUAGUCGGCACCUGCGCCUCCCUCUAG